CUGACUGCAGCUGGCAAGGCUUAGGCAACUCCGCCGGCAGUAGCAAGAGAGGAAGAAGAAGAGGAAGAACCACCAGACGCUCCCUGACGCUUUGCGUGCUUCAGCAGCCUGUUCCUGUCAAAUCCGUUCUUAUCGGCUUCCAAGGCAUGGCUGCUGAUGUUCAUAAGAAGAAGGGCGGAGAGGUGCCCAAUGGGUCCUUGGGCCCAGCCGAUACACAGCACGCUGAGAGGUCAGAAAGUCCAACACCAGGACUGGUUCAGGGAACAGAACCAGGGGCAGGCCAGGAGGGAGCCAUGUUUGUUCAUGCCCAAUCCUAUGAGGACCUGACCAGCACAGAGAAUCAGGAUGCAACAGCCCAGAGCCCAAAUGAGAGGGAAGAGGUCCAGGCUGACCAGACAAAGAUUGAAGAGAUCAGCAAGGACUUCACUGAGUUGAGCACUCAGCUUAAUGGCAUAGCAGUGGAUUUGGGCGAAGAUAUUCGGCAGAGCAAAGAGGACAAGCUGGACCUCUCACCAAAGGCCUCGCGCCAUGACUCAGUCCUGUCAGAGAAGGAGGAAGAGGAUGUAACCAUGGAUGCCUGGCGCAUGCACCAGAAGCAUGUCUUUAUCCUGAGCGAGGCAGGCAAGCCAGUGUAUUCCCGCUAUGGAUCUGAAGAGGCCUUGUCCAGCACUAUGGGGGUGAUGAUGGCUCUAGUGUCCUUUCUUGAAGCACAGAAGAAUGCCAUCAAGUCUAUUCAUGCAGAUGGCUAUAAGGUGGUGUUUGUGCGCAGAAGUCCCCUGGUGCUAGUUGCUGUGGCUCGGACACGGCAGUCAGAGCAAGAAAUUGCUCAAGAACUCCUUUAUAUCUACUACCAGAUCCUCAGUCUCGUGACAUGGACCCAGCUCAACCACAUCUUCCAGCAGAAACAGAACUAUGACCUGAGGAGACUACUAGCAGGCUCAGAGCGAAUCACGGACAACUUGCUAGACCUGAUGGCCAGGGACCCCAGCUUCCUGAUGGGGGCUGCACGUUGCCUACCUAUGCCUGCGGGAGUCAGGGAUGUUGUGAGCACUUGCCUCCAGCAAGCCAAAGCUAGAAGUCUUGUGUUUGCCAUCCUCCUGUCCAAGAACCAGCUGGUGUCCCUGGUGAGGAAAAAGGACCAGUUCCUACAUCCUAUUGACCUCCACUUGCUCUUUAACCUCAUUAGUUCAUCCUCCUCAUUUAGAGAAGGAGAACACUGGACUCCCAUCUGCUUGCCCAAGUUCAACUCCAGUGGUUUUUUCCAUGCCCACAUAUCCUACUUGGAGCAAGACACGGACUUGUGCCUUCUCCUGAUCUCCACCGACCGUGAGGACCACGUUACCGUGUUUGACUGCAAGCGCAGGUUCCAAGAACGUCUGAAGAAGCGUGGUGUUUAUCAUGCCCUCCUGGAGGCACUGCGCACACCUUUCUACAGUGUUUCCCAAGUGGGAAUCCCAUAUCUCAGACACUUCAUCUACAAAUCCAAGAGUUCAGGGCUCUUCACCAGCCCAGAGAUUGAUGCCCCCUAUAUCACCGAGGAGGAGAAGGAGAGACUUCUGGGACUGUAUCAGUACUUACACAGCCGAGCCCAUAAUUCCUCCCGCCCUCUAAAGAACAUCUAUUACACUGGAUCUAAUGAAAAUCUCCUGGCUUGGGUGACUACUGCUUUUGAGCUCUAUGUGUGCUUCAGCCCACUGGGGACCAAAGCAGCAGCUGUCAGUGCUGUCAACAAACUUAUGAAGUGGAUCCGCAAGGAAGAAGACCAGCUUUUUAUAUUAACACCCCAGACUUACUGACCCUGGCCUGUGUGUGCUGUCUACUCAGUGGUUAUUGAGCUCCUACAACUCAGUGCCGGUGAAUGCCAAGGAGGGGCUUCCUCAUCCCUCUGGUGGAACUUUAAGGUAGAUUCUCUCUGAAGUCAAUUCAGUCCUCAACCAUGAAUAUGGAAGAGGAGAUGAAGAGUCUGGCCUGUGGGUUCUCUGCCUACAUUGAACACCUAAGGAGGAGACUUGGAUUUCACUUUGCUGUAGAUUUAAAAAAUCAAGCCUACUGGUAAAGAACUGAAAAACUGACCUACUCCCAUCAUAUGUGUAUUAUCCAAGACUCUGUCCUCCCUGGACAUAUAAUAUCCUUUCAGCUAUUUCCCACACUUCUUUUAAAGUCCAUUUUUAACAUUCUUGUCUUUACCCUCUACUAUCCUUUCUCUUCUAAGAAGUUUCACUUCAUUCUGAUGAUAGGCCAUAUUUUCUGGCACAGUUGACCAACACUUGGAUAAGAUUCCAAGUUCUCCUUUGUGUUCUUGGUGCAUCACACUUGAACUAUGCACCUGCUCAUAGCCACAGUCUGGAACGUUCCAGAGUUAUACCAAAUAUGGGGGGGGGGGGAGAGUGGGAAAUAGCUCCCCCAGUGGGUAAUACAACUCCUUGCCUCAUUCUUUUGUCAAAUUCUGCAAGAGCAGAUCCUUGGAAUUUCCUCUGAACUGUUCCUAUCCAAACACUUGUCUUCUCACUUUCUCCUUUCCUCCAUUUUUAGUAGUAGUAUUUCAACCUUUUACUUUUGCAUGUUCAUUUUCCUUGGUCCCACCCACCUCAGCCCUCUGGGAUGGGGUUGCCUUAUGGCCGCAGCCAUUAAAAUUACUUUCAAGUGUUGUG